AUGACGCUGGCUACAAAGGAAUGCAGUACCAAGGCCGAUGUUUUGGCCACCGAUAUCCUCAACUGCACUCAGAGAUAUACAGAGAGACUUGCUGAUGGCGAGAGCGUUGCCGACGAGAUAUCUGGUAUCUCGCAACUUUGUCGAAAGCUUGAAGCGCUUGUGAAUCCCCCCGAGGCUUGGCUGAGUCAAGUCGCGGGGGCAUACCAUAACAGCAUUGCCAUCUGUUUAGCAUUGGACUUGAAAAUCCCGACGAUCCUUUUCGAUGCAGUAGAGGAGCAUGUAUCAAUUGAAAGGUUGGCCGUACUCUCUGGUGCUUCAACAUCUCUUCUUCCUUUUCAGACCAAUGAACCAUUUUAUCAGUACUACCGUUCUGUCGAUAAGAAGCGCGGUGCGCGUUUCGACAGCGCCAUGGAACGGUAUUUCCAAGGUUCUACCCAAAGACCCAUAGAGACAAUCUUCGAUUUCAACAGUCUAAAGCAUGAUGCCCUUGUGGUCGAUAUUGGUGGUGGAAGAGGCCACCACUCUAUCAGGAUUGCAGGUCAAAAUCCGCAGAUGUCGUUCAUCAUCCAGGACUAUGAGAAGAAACACUCCACUAUCAGUGAAAUGGACGCGAAUGUUUUGAAGCGGCUCGAUUGGCAAGCCCGCGACUUCCUAUCCGAACAGCCAGUCAAAGGCGCUAGUCUAUACUUCCUGAGCCAUAUCCUUAUGGAUCAACCCGAGAGGCAAAGUCGUGACAUUCUGGAUCGGAUCAUGGAUGUGAUGGCUCCAAAAGAGUCCAUCCUUCUUAUUGACGAUUUUCUCGAUCCAGGGAAAGAGGGCAUACUUUCUUCUAAAGCGAACAGCCUUAAUAUGCAUCUCAUAGCAAGUUUUGGACGACCUUUUCGAUCAAUGGAUGAAUGGAUGGAGUUAUUUUCGCAGGCUUCUAGCAAGCUAUCUAUCAUCCAAACUUUUAUAUUGGACGACGGCAGAGUGGUAUUUUCACUGGAAAAGGUUCCUUAA